AUGAAGAUCGUAAAGGUUCAGAUAACGGCGUUCAUGGACGUCCUAGGGCUGAUGCAGGAUCAAGCGUCGCCGAUCUAUCAGCGCGUCCAGGGCAGCAACGACUACACCGAGGAGUUACUCAAUGUUCCAUAUACCAUCUUGGAGUUCUUCCAGACAAAGUUCGCAAUUCGAGGAUUAGGAUUUACCGUACUCCCUAGACAAUCCGGUAUUGAGAACUGCGUGCUUAUUGCCCUGGUGAAUAGGUACGGACUAUCGCUCAACCCAUCAAAGCAAGUGGUCAGACUGGGCCCCGGGAACAGCUGUGGUCGAUUUUACGAUGCCCUGGAGAGGGAAGGGCGCGCGGUGACGAGAGAAGGCCUCGCAGUAGUCGGCAUAUCUGGACUCUUGACUGGUAGCCCUCCAGAUGGCGUCUCCCUCUUUCCCGACAGCCGUGGCUUUUCCAGCGCCGACGUGGUUACCUUCGAGGUCGUUCUCGCCGGUGGCAAGGUCUCUGAUGCCAACAACACUACGAACACGGAUCUCUGGCAUACUCUCAAAGGCGGCUCCAACAACUUCGGUAUCGUCACGCGUUUCGAUAUGAACACGUUCCCGCUCCCUAAUGUCGUCUGGUCCGGAAAGACUCCUCAUAACUAA